AUGUCAUAUCGUUUCCCGGGGAUUUUCCAAUUUGACUCAUUAUUGACCCGGAGAGAUCCCAGAGGCACGAAUCCUCCAAAGUCAAGCUUUGAAGCCGAUGAUGUCUUAGAGAGGUGAGUCGCACAUCCACUAUGUCCCCAGCCAUCCUUCAUAAAUUGACCGCCUUCCUCUCUAGACCUCGAGUGAAACGCCCAAGUACAAAGAAAAUUAUUUCAAUAAUGUCCGUUGGCCAGUUGAAGGAUACAUUAAGAAGAAUUGUUUUCUCGCCUAUGAAGUUCCGGGCCGUUCCCAGUGGGAGCACGGGGGCACCUACUCUAGGUGCCCUACUACCUGAUAUAGGUGCCCCUGACCACUUGAAUUAG